GGUUGGAACUUGGAUGAUGUUCAUUGACCCGUCAAAUUAAACCGACCUGCAACACAGCCAACCCUGUUUAGAUCGGAUCGUCGUCAACGAUGGCUUUUGCAGGUGCGAUUUCAUCAUCAAUUCCGUCAUUCCUCCUCGGCAACACCAGAACUCCAACUUCAUCGCCGCUUCUAUCUUUAUCCUCCACCACCGCCGCCGCCUCUUCAUCUUCUCCAGCUAGAAGAAAAAGAAACGACUCUUUUCUCCGUUUUAACAUUUCUGUCUCUCCGAUAAUUAGCAGCAGGAGGACAAGCCUCAUACGAUCUGCAAUAUCUCCUGAGCUGAAGACUACCUUAGAUAAAGUUGUUACAUCACAAAAGGUGAUACUUUUCAUGAAAGGGACUAAGGAUUUCCCACAAUGUGGCUUUUCACACACUGUUGUCCAGAUAUUGAAGACCCUCAAUGUCCCAUUUGAAACAGUUAACAUUCUCGAAAAUGAAUUGUUGCGACAAGGUCUGAAAGAGUACUCCAGCUGGCCUACAUUUCCUCAACUAUACAUUGAUGGUGAAUUUUUUGGUGGCUGUGACAUCACUGUGGAGGCAUAUAAGAGCGGAGAAUUACAAGAGCAAGUGGAGAAGGCACUCUGCUCCUAGUAGUUCUUGAAUAAUGCUGUUCAGGUGAUGUUCAAAAAAAUUAUAUGUUUUCAGGUUUAAUUUGGUCUUUUCUUAACUUUAUAUAGUGAACAAUAUUUGGUGUUUUAUUUGAUAAUUGGAAAAGGGAGGCAAUAAUGUUCAAAUUUGACCUUCAAUCUUUUCUAUGUCUAUUUGGGAAGUGAUGUUCUGUCACAAUGGCAAUGGCAUUGCAAAUUUGACAUUAUUAAAAUCUCAAAUUUAUA